AUGAAGCAUACAAACAACGCGUUUCUCGGUAUUACGACUCGAGGGUCAAACCCCGCUAUUUCCGAAUUGGGGACUGGGUUAUGCGAAAAGUCUCUCUGGCAACCAAGAACCCCACGGAAGGAACCCUCGGACCUUCCUGGGAUGGACCUUACGAGAUCAUCGGUAUACUUCGAUCGGGAACUUAUCGGCUAA